GGUGUGGUUAUUCCAGAGCAUUGUGUAAACUGUUAUAUAUAGGAAGCUUCCAGAUGAUUCUGUAGCGAAAAUAGUCAGAUUGAAAGUGUACUUUUUUACUCUUUUAUUUUGUGAAAUUGAAUUGAAUUUUUAAGAUGUCUUUUCCUAGGUCUCAUUUUACCGAUAAUUUUGACGCCGAUUCUGCCAGAGAUAACUUUCCAUUUAAUAGGAAUGCCAAUAGAGACGACUAUUUCAAAUCCACACUUGACAAUUUGGCAAAACGUCAUCCAGAAUUAGCCGAGCAUUUUCAAGAUAUAAAUCAGCGUCCCAGAUCCAGAAGUAGACCGGCUGAGGAGCUUAAAAGUCGAUUUAGAAGACCAUUCGGUGACAAGUUUCCGUUUGAUGACGAAGACGAUUUCGAUAUAGACCCCUCACAAUACACCCAGCAUUUUUAUCCUCAAGAGUUUCAUCAGUCAGACGGUAGAUAUCCACAAACCAGUUUUUAUCAAGAAACUCCCAGAGGCAAAAGCAGUUCCGCUUAUCCACAAGCAGAUCAAGCUGAAGCUACUUCAACUCAGCAUUCUUAUCCUCAAGAGUUUCAUCAGUCAGACGGUAGAUACCCACAAACCAGUUUUUAUCAAGAAACUCCCAGAGAAGGCGAAAGCAGUUCCGCUUAUCCACAAGCAGAUCAAGCUGAAGCUACUCCAACUCAUCCUCAACCAUCCCCGCACACAGAAACAACUGUCCACCCUCCACAAAAACCUUGCCCUCAGGAAAAAGAAAGGCCUGGUAUUCAACAAAGUAAUACAGUAGAUUUAGGUCAGAGGCAGGAACCAAUUGAUGACAGAAAUCAAAGAUCUAUGUCAGCACCACCUGUUGGAGAAUCGAAGAAAAGAUACACUUCUAGCAUAAAUAUUCCAGUAAACGUACCUUCCGAAAAUAUGUCUCAAAGUCAACAGCCAGAGCAGAAAUCAAAUGAAAGGAUUAUUCCGAUUCAGGUAGAAGGAGUGGAUGGACCAGUCUUCCCAAAAAAUCCUAACAUACCUCCACCGCAGUCGCAUCCCAUGCCAGACAGAUUUGGACAUCGCCCAGAACCUUUUCCGAGAGCUUUUCAAGAUGAACAUUUCACUCGGCAAAAUAUACCUCAUAAUUUCCAGCAGUAUCAUCCACAACAUCCAUCACAACCACAAUAUUACCAACAUCCUAAAGAUGAUAUUCCUAUUCCUGUACAAAGAGAUAACUUUGAGAGAAAGCAGCAACCACAACAACAGCAGCAUCAACAACACCAGCAUCAACAGCAGCAGCAUCCACAACAGCCGCAUCAACAGCAGCAGCACCAACAACAGCCUCAGCAGCACUACCAACCGUCUCCACCUUCUCAACAACAGCAACCAACACCACAAGCAACGGAAGAGCAAGAAGCUAAACCUGCUUCUCAAGACCGCAGACCUACUCCCAUAGAGCAAAUUCAAGAAAUCCAAAAAGAUGUUUCUAGUUUAAUGGAACAGGUUGAAAAGUUUGCAGGGAAAUCUAGAGAUAAGCAGUAUCUAUAUUUAGACGAAAUGUUGACUAGAAAUCUAAUUAAAUUAGAUAAUAUAGACACUCAAGGACAAGAUACCAUCCGUCUGGCUAGAAAAGAAGCGAUUAAAUGUAUACAGCAAGCCAUUGCUCUAUUAGAAAGUAAAGCGUCGACGGAAGAAAAAAUGGAUGUAGAUCAAAAAGUUGCUGAUGGCGAAACAAAAGACACCAACAUGGAUAAAUCAGAUGAAAAAAGCGAAUUAUCAAACGAACAAAAGAAUGUGGAGGACCCUAAAAAUAUGGAAGUUACUGAGAACUCCCAAAAGAAGGGGACCCAACCUGACCAGUUACCAGUGAAUCCUAACAGUGAAUCGGAAAUUAACGCAUCUGCUAAACAAGAAACAGUGGCCACAGUUUCCAAAGAAUCUACUGUCGACGAAGUAGCUUCAGUAGAUAAUAAAGAAAGCAAAGAUGCAGCAGAGAGCGAUAAGGAAAAAAAGGGAAAGAAAACAUAAUGUAAUAUAUUUUAAACAUUUUGGUAGGCAGUAUAAUACUAGUCAGUAGUACAACUCAAGAUGGUUUUGGUAAUAAUCGUGCAGAUGUACUUGCCAAACCUUUGUAAAAAUUUCGUCCAUUUUGUACUUUGGUUCCAUUUUAAAAUACUCUUGGAGUCAAUACAUUUUCUUUUUCAUGUUAAUGAAUCUCCUUAGUAUAUGUCUUAUUCUUAAUAAUCUGAUAUCAAAAAAGUUAGAUUAAUUUUCUUCUAGUAUCUAGUUGUUGGCUUAAUAUUGCUAAUGUUUUAUGUUUAAUAUAUUCAUUGUCAUUUUUUUAAAUCUUGCUUCAACUUUUCUACAAGGAAACUGCCUAAAUAUUGGCAAUAAUAGGUUAAAUUUUGUCGAUUUUCGUAAUUUUAAACAGUCUUAUGGAAUAACCGACAUGCAUUUCCAUAAUUUCAUUUAUAUCUUACCACAAAAAACGCUCUUUCAGAAUUGCAUAUUGACAAGAAAAAAUCUUGACUAUUAUUCAUGUUUUUAACUAACAUUAGAAAUCCUUUUAUAGAGUGUUCAAAAAUUCGUUCCACAGUAAAACAUAUAUAAUGAAACUCAAUGAAAUACAUUCAAGGUGUAAAUUUAUUUAAUAUACAUUUUAAAUCAUAAAAAACCUUUAAUUUUUUUUUAACAGUUUGUAAUUAACCGACAGAUUUUGUACGAUUUUAUACAGUUGCUGUCACUGCACCUCACAAAAAAGUUUGUCGGUGACAGUUCAGGAGAGCAUGGAGACCAGAAUCCCUGUGCAAUUAUGCUAUCGUCAAAGUCAUAUGCAGACAGAUAUUGCUGUAUGCGCAGUUGUAUUUAUUGAAAAUAACCAUUCGUUAUUUCAUCAUUAUCGUCAGUGGCAUCACAGCUCGUUAUGAGCCAAAGCUUUCUGCAGUCUUCUAACAAUUCUUUAUUCACCCGUCUCCGGUAAUUUUGCACCUUCCUCUCGCCUGAUUACAUGCCCUAUCCAUCUAAGGCGUGCUAUCUUACUGGCUUUUAUAACGUCAGGUUCCCCAAAACUGUACAACUCAAAGUUGCAACGUCUGCGCCACAAACCUUGCUUUUUUUUAUUCCUGUAUAUUUUCUUAGAAUUUUUCGUUCCAAAUGUUUAGUAGUUCUUGGUCCUUCUGUCAGUGACCACGUUUGUGCUCCAUAUGUUAACACUGAUCUUAUAAUAGACCGCCACUUUAAUUUGUCUAGGUAGUUUUAAGGCCAUCUGUCUUCUGAAGCCAUAGUAACGUUAGCAAGCACUAUUCUUUCUUUUAAUUUCUUCGCUGACUUGGUUAUCUUUAGUCAGCAGUGAGCAUAGGUAUAUGAAGGUGUCCUUACCUUCCAAUUCUAAAUCGUCAAUUAUUCUUCUCUCUGGUUGCUGAACCUAGCACAACACAUAUUUGGUCUUUAAAGCAUUUAUAUUCAGUCCCAUUCUCUGUGCAGAUGUCCUUAACGACCGUAAUGCAUCGUUCAGAGAGCUAUGAUAUCGAUGUCAUCUGUAUAUCUGACAACUUGUACAUUAUUAUUCAUUAUAUUACUUAAUAUACGUUUAGAUAUGAAUGAUACAUAAUUUCAGUGCAUUAAUGUUGAAAAAUUGGAAACCCAUAAUCCGACGUCGCCUAGAAAUUGCAAUUCAAACACUAGUUUUCACACAAUAAAGUGAUUCCUCAUUAAUAUGCAAUGGAUUUACAGUACGGCCACACUACUCCACAGUAUUUAGGUACCCGGAUAAAUAGAACCAUGCUUUAUGUAUGACAAACGUUUUAAUACGACUAUGGAUUACAUAUUAAAUGAAAUCAGUCAACAAAAUGGACCAACCUCUUGCUCUCAGUAAGCUUUAAUUCCUACACGACUGUCACUUUGUUUGAAAAUAGUUACCAAUAUUUUCCUUACAGCAGGAUGGGCCAUUUUAACACUAACAUCAGUUUCGUGCACGAUUUUUCUCAUUUACUUAUUCGGACUUCUGAACAUCUUAUUGGAUAUAUCUGCUACAUUGAGUUUAUGUAUUUAGCAUUUUACCAGUGAUAAAAUGAACCAAACAAAGGAACUUAAAUGAAAUUUUCGUGUUAAUCUGAACACCAGGAAAUCUGGAUGAGAAACGAAACUGUGCUACUAGGAGCGACUUUUUGAACGUAAUGUAGAACACAAUAUACGUUCACAUGUCACUGUACUGCAUGUAUCUACAACAUUCGAUUUUAAACGUUUAAAAGAUAAGGUGUUCAUAUGAGACAUUCGUUAUUCGAACAAACAAGAAUAGACGUUUUUCUACAGACGUGUUUGCAGGAUCCACGGACCGAUAUACAGACUUACCAGAAUAAUUGUGCUUGAACAACUUUUCAAAUGUAGUUGUGUUUGUUAUGACCCAAAAACUAUUGUUUGGUUAAUAUCCAAUAAGAAACGUGUUUCUCGCUGUGUAAAUCGCAUGCUGUAAUAACGUAUGCAACUGUACCCUGAUUACUAAACAGUUUAUUCAGUUUGCGUGACAAGUCAGUUGAGUAUUUGACGAACGCACUGAUGCUUCCUUUUUUGUUUUGCAAGAUCAGCCUCAUGUAAUUGAUUUUCUGUGUAAUGUAUUCACCACUAUUUUUUCUGCAAGAUACUGUAAAAAACGUGCAGCUAAAAAGUCAAAUGUAAUACAGUUAGUAUGAUCUAGGAAACACAAAAAUUUCUUAAUCGAAAUUUUGGGUACAUUUCCACCACAAUUUUUACAUUAACAUUAAGUCUCGACAAAUGAGUCUAGAGAGCUUUUAAACAAGAGUUUGUAAGUUGGUUAGCCAAUGUAUAAGAGUUAUUACCUAAUUUCAAGCGAAUACAAUUCGGGUUGUUGCAGAAUGCCAAUAAGAAAGUCUAAAAAUGUCAAUUAGGAAGGUGCGCUUAUCUUUACAGUAUUAAUUUCAUUUUAAUUCAAUGUAUUAACUAUUCAAUGGUAUUUUCUUCUCGCCAAUAUAGCAAAACUAGCGUUUUGAUCUCCAGAAUGCAUUACUGUUAACCAAGAGAAUCAUUCAAAUUUACCUAAUCUAAAAUAUACACACAAAAAAACAUUUAGUAUAAAUGUAAAGUUUGAACAAAAUUGUUUUCAAAAUAUAUUUUAAGACUAUCAAUUAAUAUUAAAUUCUUAUUAUUGCAUUACCCCUUGGACCUGUUUUUGUUAGAUUUUAAGGCUGGCAAUUAUAAAUGUCUUACCAAACUAUGCACACGUAAAUCAGAAUAAUAGAAAUCCAUGACAGCAUAAUCUCACAAGUUAUAACAAUUGUACUAGUUCGGCUGGCAUAGUAGUUAUGUGACUCGGCUAUGAUGGUUUUCGCUGCAAAGCCUUUAUUCUCUUAAGUUAUGUUAAUGAUAUUGUCAACAUAUAUGUCGACAUAUUGAAACCCCCAAAUAAUUCAUUUAACUGACAUUUUAUCUUAGAAUUUCUAUACCAUCCUAAUAUUUUAGACCUAUAUUGAACGCAGAUAUACCACUAUUAAGUUGUUUGUCGUAGCUCACAGGAAACACACUCGACUUUUAUUCCUAACUCGUAUCCUUCAAUGUUAUCAUCAAUUUUAAUUUUAGGGAACAUAAUUCAUUCUUUAGAAGCAUGUUUCUUACUGAAUCCUUGCUAAUUCAUUUUACGAAGAUUUUCAGAUCAUUUUCAAAUUAAUUCCACGCUUAAAAGCUUUAGCAAACUUGGCAAAUGUCUACAAUCACCAUAUGCAAAAUACUCCUUUUAUAUCACGAGUGCCCAAAAACCUAAAAAGUAACAGUUACAUAAAUAUCAAAGUAAAUAAAGAAGGAAUAUUUACUUACAUUUUAAAUUGAGAGACAGCCUAAAUAUGAUAUAUUGUUGGAGUUACCUACUGAUGACGUAUUAUGUUGUGACAAAUGCUUUGUAUUAACAACAGUAAUGCUUUCACGAAAUAUUUUACUACAUAUUUUAGUGAGACUGAAUUAUUUUGUAGCUUUAACUACAUUAUAUUUACAGUCAGUUUGAAUUCGUAUAUAAUUUUAACAUCAUUGUACAUAAUUUUAUUCUAGGGACAGCACAUUGACUGUGAUUGUUUAGAUUUCUUGUGUUUUAAUUUUUUGCCUUUGUAUAUAAAUUGUACAACUAUUUAAGAUUGUACUUAUUAACUUGUUAAUAAAAAGUUGAUUUUUUCCU